AUAAUUACAGAUGUAUAUUGUAUACGUAACGUUUGGCUUUAACUAGAUGGAAAGUAUGAGCCAUGGAGGAAGUUUCUCCUUCAGCUGCUCCGAGUCCGACAUGAACUUUUCUUCCCUCUCACAUUUCACCGACGACGAUGAAUCGUACAUCGAAAUAGCGCUUGACCAUCAUCACCAUGAUCAUCCCAAACCAUCAAACCAAGAUGAUGAUGAGGAUGAAGAUCGUGAUCGUGGAGCAUUAGACCAUGCCGAUUACUUGCGCAUAUCGUUUUCGUCUAGUCUUCUCCCGGAGCUCUCCGCCACCACCCUUUCUCCCAAUCACGUCUCUAAGCCUGCUUCUGAUCACCCAAUAAACCAUAUUCCGUCAUCGCCGACAGUAUCAUAUUCUUGCCCGCUCGAUUCUUCUUCCAUGGAAGGCAGUUCUAGGGGUCCGCUAGGAUCGGAUGAGCCUUCAAGGCUCCACAGAAGUACUAGUACAAAAGAAAGACUGCCCAGAGUCAACCGGCUAGUCAACACGCUGCUGUUUGGUCUCCGGUCAUCAUCGGAAUCCCCUACCCCUGCGGACGACGCUGACCUGGAACGGAGCAGAUGGCAUGUGCUUGCAUGAAACUAAUAAAGGAAAGCAUCAAACAAAAGAACCUCAAGAAAAGGUGGCAUCAUGAAGUUGCUCUUCAAGUUCCGAGCCAUGAAUCUUGGAGCCCUGGUAGCUUCAUUUGCAAAACCCCGCCUAGCUGCUUGCGACGAUGACGAUCCUCACCAAUCCCAAAACAUUAAUCGUCGACGAAAGAAUAACAAAUCGAAAGAGAGUGGCAGCAGUACUCUUCCAUGGUCGGUUCAAAAGAAGCAAGGGAAAAGCAGCAGGACCAAGAACUCUUCAGAAGCAGUAGGAGGAGGUGACAAGUCCAGAGUAUUAUUGGAGAUAAACUUGAGCGCAGUUAGAGGGUUUUUAGAAGCUAUAGGAAAUAGCAUGAGCACAGGUGGUACUGGUCGGAAAGAAAGAAGAACAAGGAGCUGCCCAAGUUCUAUUAAGUCCUCCCCAAUGCACCAAGGAUUUACAAUUGAUGACCAUAGUAAUAAAGUGUAUUUUCAUACAAGAGAAACCUCAAUUCAGGCUGCAAUUGCUCACUGUAAAACUUCAUUUGAACAAACAUCCAUGUCCUGAUUAAUUUUGGCUUUUGACGUAUCUACAUGUUUGUUGUAGUGUGGUUUUAGUUUUGGUUCACAUGAAUAUUUUUUUAUGUACAAACUCUUCUAACAAGAUCUUGUUUUCGA